UCAGGGUUCCUGUGGGGAACAGGUGCAGCACAUUGGCAGUGACCGUCCGAGAAGGAUGGCGUCAGCACCCACGGCUUGUGAUGAUGUUUUCAUGCCGCCGCUCCCUUUUUUGGAACUUUCUGAUGCAUCUACAGAGUACAUCAACACGCUGCGGCAGCAAUUGGUGGCAAGGGCGAUGCAAGCAGACGGGCUGCCUGCUAGUGCUAACAACACUGGAGGUCGUGGAGCCUCGCCGCCUGCGUUUUUCAGAUCCGCCGAAGGUAGGAGGGGUUCCUCGCUGCCAGCUCAGAGGGGUUUGGACAGGCAAAUGGUCAAUGAAGCAGGUGGCAGUUUGUGGGAUGUUGGGCCGGGUUCCCGACAGACUGCCUGCGGACCUUCGCCGGUGGGAGGCCAGGUAUCACCAGCACCUGGCCGUGGCAAAGGGUUGACUACGCCCUCUGGGCCUGUCUUCAUGUCGUCCCCCUCUAGCGGAUGUGGUGGCCUGGUUGAUUCCUUCGCCGACAUCUGUUUGACGCCGCCUUGUACGACAGCACAAGGGUUCGCUUCGGCAGCGGAAGGGGCGGGGUCUGCCGGGAUCGCGUCUAGGUGGACAGGGCCCGUGAUGUUGCCAGCAGGUAGAGCUUUUAGUGCAUUCCAGCCUUUCAGUGCUGACUCAAUUGACGCACAUCAGGGGGGUGCGGAGACCUUCGGCGGAAGUGCCGGUGCGGCCAUGUGUGUGCCGGUGGAGAGUGGUGGUGACAAGGGGGGGGCUUGUGGUUCGCAAAAGGGGGACUGCGGCGAUGCGCGUGGACGUCCCUGUCCACAAAAUCCCCCGGGUGGGGCGGGGCCAGCAGGUAUGCAGGCGUGCGGAGGUGGCCAAGAUCCCGCGGUUGGCAUGCAGUGGACUGCAAUCCAGUCUCCAGUGCCUUCGCGUCAUGACCGUGGGGGGAUUGCAGACACCGCGUCACGUGGGCAGGUCGAUUGCAAUGUUGACCUGUAUAUGCAAGACGACGAGUGGGGCGGCAACGGCAUCUUAUCUGGGGACACGGUUCUCGUGCAUUCGCCGAACAGAGACAAUGAAGCAGAUGACGAAAAUGAUGGCAACGGGAUAGGAUCACAAGCAGACGAGGGCACCGAACCGCAUGGGGUUCAUAGCACGCAGGAGGGUUGUAAUGGCAGCCAAGAACCGUUGUCGUCGCAACGAGAGACAACCCAGUUGGAUGCUGAUGGUUCCCGGGGAGCGGCACGCACCCGCAAACGAGGGGAUUGGGCCCAUCUUGACACCAUGGCACUUAUACGUGCAAAAGGUGAGCGGAAUCCAUCCGUGGCCUGUCGUUGUCAAGACCCUUCCAUUCGUGAGAGCAAUUAGCACACCAAUCAAUAACUCACCCCACAAAUCCUUCAGCCAGUCCGAAAAUAAAACUCUCUCUCUCUCUCUCUCUCUCUCUCUCUCUCUCUCUCUCUCUCUCUCUCUCUCUCUCUCCCCCCAUAUCUAUCCACUCCAUAUAUCUAUGUGUCUAUCUAUCUAUUACACACACACAUAUGCAACCCAGAACACAAGCACACACGCCACACACGCCACACACGCACACACGCACACACGCACACACGCACACACGCACACACGCACACAAGCGCACACAAGGGCACACACACGCGCACCCGCGCACACACACACGGACACUCCAAGUUUUUUCGGACCUUCGAGGGGGUCGGGUCGGUGCCUUCUUGCUGGAGUAGUGUUCUGUCGUAGGUAAGUUGUCUUCUGCCCUCCGCAUCCCCUUAUGGUUUGAAAAAUCUAUAUGAAUACAUAUGUAUAUGUGCAAGUGUGCCGCUUUGGUGGCAGAGACGGGUGUGUGGGCACUUGGAGCUUAACCACA